UCGAAAGGCGGAACGUUAGCGGGUUGAUUACGGAUAAAAAUCUGUAUUUUUAAGGUUUUUAAGUACUUAGGUGCCGACGAAAGUGUUCCACGAUGGACAUACGACCCAAUCAUACCAUCUACAUCAACAAUCUCAAUGAGAAAAUCAAAAAGGAGGAGCUGAAGAAGUCGCUUUACGCCAUCUUCUCGCAGUUCGGCCAGAUUCUGGAUAUCGUCGCGUACAAAACGCUGCGGAUGCGCGGGCAAGCGUUCAUCAUCUUCAAGGAGAUUGGCAGCGCCACGAACGCGAUGCGAACGAUGCAAGGAUUCCCGUUCUACGACAAACCGAUGCGCAUCAACUACUCCAAGACGGACAGCGAUAUGAUAGCGAAACUGAAGGGCACGUUCCAGGAGCGCCCCAAGCGGGUGCGACAACCGAAACCGGUGCCGACGGAAGAGAAAAAAUCGAAGAAACAGAAGGCGGCGGGAGAGGUGGGCGCUACGAACAAUUCGGCCACGGCCGAACAGCCACCGAACCAGAUUCUGUUCCUCACCAACCUGCCCGAAGAAACGAACGAGAUGAUGUUGUCCAUGCUGUUCAACCAAUUCCCGGGCUUCAAGGAGGUACGGUUGGUGCCCAAUCGACACGAUAUUGCCUUCGUGGAGUUUGCUUCCGAAGUGCAGAGUGGUGCAGCACGGGAGGCACUGCAAGGAUUCAAAAUCACUCCAACGCACGCGAUGAAGAUCUCCUUCGCCAAGAAGUAAGCGUGCCGGCUCCGACUCAGUUCGCUAUCCGUUUCAUGGAUAGUACGCCGAGGCCACAGGAGAAGGUAUCUUUUUAGCAUAAUGUACAGUAUCGAGCUGAACCAAUAAACCAUGCAUUAAGCAUUGCA